AUGGUAAUUUGGAAGGCUCUUCUGGGAGUCCUGUUGCACUGUUUGCUCCCAGAAGCCCUGGCACAGCCGCCUGCUCCACCUGAAAACUGCUCAAGCAAAAGCCAGAAGAUCUCCUUCAGCCACUCGUACAAGAUCGACAUGCCCAAGUCUUCUCAGUUCAAGGUGGAGCCAGGGCCACAGCCCCUCCAAGAUGACAGUCACAGGCGGUUGACAGGGGGCGAAAUGGAGGAAGGCGAGGAGCAAAAUAUUAUAUUCCGGCACAACAUUCGGCUGCAGGCUCCCAAGGGCGACUGUGAAGUCCUCAGCCAGCUCAAGGCUUUGUUGGAAAGGAUGGAGAAGACGGAGAUGGAAGUGGCACAGCUGAGAGAAACGUGCAGCCCUCAGAGAUGCUGCGGGAGAGGCCAAGGGGUUUCAUCUUGCAGUGGCCAUGGAACGUUCAUCCAUGAGGUUUGCAGCUGCAACUGUGACGAAGGCUGGGAAGGCCAGGACUGUUCCAAGCCUACCUGUCCGGGGAAUUGCCACGGAAAUGGGCGCUGCGUUGGAGGUGUGUGCGUCUGCAGCGCCCGCUAUGCGGGUGAAGACUGCAGCCAGCUCCGGUGUCCUGAGGACUGCAGUGGAAACGGGCUCUGCAUCGACGGCAUUUGUCACUGUUACGAGGACUUCACCGGAGAGGACUGCAGCGAGAAGAGGUGCCCCCGGGACUGCAGUGGCAAUGGGUACUGCGACAGCGGCGAGUGUUACUGCGAGGAAGGCUUCACUGGGCUGGACUGCUCCAAAGUGCUGGCGCCCUGGAACGUGCGGCUCCUCAAGACCACGGAGGACUCCUUGGCCGUCGGCUGGGAUAAGCGGAUGGAUGUGGACUAUUACCUGCUCAGCUACUUUCCUGUGGGGCGCGAGGCGAGUGUGAGGCAAGUGCGUGUGCCCAAGGAUCAGCACAGCCAUGAGAUCCUGCAGCUUGUCCCGGGCACGAAGUACGUCAUCACAGUUCGCAAUGUAAAGAAGGGGGUUUCCAGUGAUCCGGAGCUCCUGCAGGCAAGCACAGCUGUGUCUGCCGUCGGCCCUAUCUGGGUGACAGGGGAGACAGAGAAUUCGUUGGAGGUGGAGUGGGAGAAUCCCCCGACAGGGGUUGAUCGCUACAAGCUGAGGUUCAGUUCCCUGCUUGGGGAGGAGGAGGAGGAGGAGGAGGUUUUUGUCCCCAAAAGCCGAGAUGCCAAGAGCAGAUAUGUCAUCACUGGUCUGAAGCCAGGAAUGCAGUACAAGAUCACCAUCGUACCUGUGAAAGACGAAACGGAAGGGAAGCCUUCUUCAGUGCAUGGAAGGACAGCCAUCGACGGCCCCACCAAUCUGACGACCAGCCAGGUGACAGAGGGCACGGCCACCAUUUCCUGGAGCGGGCCCCAAGCCCCCAUAGACAGAUACGUGGUGAGGUACGCCUCGCUCGAUGGCCACACCAACGAGCUGACCGUGGGCAAGGACAAGAGGAGCACCACCCUCGUGGGCCUGAAGCCGGGCACGGAGUACGCCAUCUUCGUCGGGGCUGUGAAGGGGAGCCAGCAGAGCAAGAAGGCAAGCACGAAAGCUGAAACAGAAAUUGACCCUCCCAGGAACGUCGGUGUCUCCGAUGUGACCCAGGCAAGUGCCGUAGUCACCUGGAUGCCACCUGAUGCUCAGAUCAGUGGAUACCUUCUCACCUAUCAGGAGCCGGAUGGCACCACCCGGGAAGUGCGACUAGGUCCAAAUAACCAAAAGUUUAUGCUAGAAGGCCUUACUCGAGGUACUAAAUAUAUCGUAUAUAUUACGGCAUUUAAGGGAGACCGCUGGAGUCGAAAAGCCACCACAACAUUUUCUACAGUCAGCUUGCACUACCCGUUCCCCGCCGACUGCAGCCAGAUCCAGCAAAACGGGCAUUCCACCAGCGGCAUCUUUACCAUCUACCUGAGUGGCGAUGCGAACCGGCCCGUGAAGGUGUACUGUGAAAUGACCACCGACAGAGGCGGGUGGCUCGUUAUUCAGAGGAGGAACUCGGGGCAACUCGACUUCUUCAAGCGCUGGAGGAAUUACGUGGAAGGCUUUGGGGACCCCAGUGGGGAAUUUUGGCUUGGCCUCGAAAAGCUGCAUGAGCUCACCGGUGCGGCGCCCAUUCCGUAUGAGCUGAGGGUGGACUUGCGCACCCACAACGAGUCUGUCCACGCGGUCUAUGACCUCUUCCAGGUGGGGUCCAGCAAGGACAGAUACAGGCUUGCUGUGGGGAAGUACAGAGGCACUGCUGGGGAUGCCUUGACGUACCACAACGGUUGGAAAUUCACCACCUGGGACAGAGACAACGACAUCGCUAUCAGCAACUGCGCGAUAGCUCACCACGGCGGCUGGUGGUACAAGAACUGCCACUUGGCCAACCUCAAUGGCAAAUACGGAGAGAACAAGCACAGUGAGGGAAUUAACUGGGAGCCAUGGAAGGGUCACUUGUUCUCCAUCCCUUUCACGGAGAUGAAGAUCCGCCCCCGGUCACACAGCACCGAGCCAGUCCGGGGCAGGAAGAGGAGAUCUCUGGCCGUUGGAGGUGCGCUCCUGGAGGUACCCCGCUUGCCAGCCUGA